UCCCUGUCAGAAACCGAUCCAUAGAACGAGAAACUAAAUCACGGUCCAGGCAGAAGAGGGGGGGGGGAAGACACUCAGAGACAAGAGGGAAGAGAAGCCGCAACUUAGCUGAUUACAACCCAGGCGGUCUGAACUGAACUCGGGAAGUUUCUCGGCCAACCGGAGAAGGAAUAAUUCGGAUCCCGGGUUGCCCCACACAGACAGCGCUGCUGUGGAUAUUUACGUCCACCCCGUUCUACUGUUUAGAAGAAUGGCGAGAGAUUACCGCGCACGCUGCCCGGUCUCUCCGGUGACAAACACUUGGCUGGUGGCAGCAGCUGCGAUCCUCCUCGCAGCACAAGGUAUCGGGGCACAGAAAGUGCGAGUUGACGAGGAAGUGGAAGCAAAUCCCGCGGAAUCUGUUGAUCUCCGCUGCCAAUUUAUCGACGGAGGAGGCCGAACCAAACUCACACAGGUGUCCUGGAUAUGGGAACCCAUCGACGGUCAAAGGGACAACAUCGCUGUAUACCACCCUAUGUACGGGCAGAGUUUCCCCAACCCAUCCUUCAAGGACCGAGUCAUCUUCCUCCACAACAGUCUGGAGAACCCUUCCAUCAGGAUUUCUCAACUCAAAAUGUCCGACGCCGGCCGGUAUACCUGCGAGUACGCCACGUACCCCUCUGGAAACGAACAGGGGACGACCACCCUCAUCAUGCUCGCCAAGCCUAAGAACUCGGCCAACGUUGUGACCGUCCAGGCCGGGACCAAGUCGGUGGUGGUGGCCCAGUGCGAGGCGGCGGAAGGCAAACCGGCAGCCACCAUCAAGUGGCUGGCGUCGGUCGGAGGCAACCACUCAACCAGCACCACGAACGGGCCGGACGGCACUGUGACGGUGCGCAGCGAGUAUCGGCUGGUUCCCACGCCGGCAGAUAACGGCAGGGAAGUGACCUGCAUUGUUGACCAGAGGACCCAGGAGCAGCCAUGGGUUUACCCUGUCAAGCUCUCGGUGGAAUUCCCCCCCUCUGUUUCCAUAGAGGGCUACGACAACAACUGGUACGUCGGCCGUUCAGGCGCCGCGCUGAUCUGCAUGGCCAACGGCAACCCUCCGCCCACCAUUGUCACCUGGACCGCGGCGUCCGGUGCUCUGCCGGACUCGGUGGAGGUGAGCGGCAACAAGUUGACGGUGAGGAAGGUGGACGACGCCGUCAACACCACUUUCAUCUGCGAGGUCAAGAACAAGCACGGGGCCAGCAAAUACCAGAUCACCACCAUCGUCAUCGAAGCCCUGGAGGACCCGUCAAGUGCCGGCGUUGUGGCAGUUGCCGUGAUCUGUUCACUCCUGGCCCUGCUAUUGGUUGUCGCGCUCGUUGCCGUUCUUCUGACCCGGAGUCGCCGGCAGCAGAGGCGGGGCUUCCCCAGCAGCGGGGACUCCAUAGCAGCCGGCAGCAGUGGCAGCAAUGGCGGAGACUUUGGCAACAAAACCUGCCUGCUUUUCACUGGGACUGGCACCAAUGGCAGUAAGAACGGGACGGGCGCAAACAACAAUGGGCCCGUGCCCAUCUACACGUACCGCGAGGGCUGCGACGCCACGGGGACUCUAACGGAGAAGGCCGGUAACUACCACCAUCAUCAUCUCCACCAUGCCUCGAUGGGCAACCCGCCCUCCGCCCAUGACAUUCUCCUUAGUGGAGAGAUAGACGAAGCUGAGAGGAGGAAGUUUGACCUGGAUGAUAGCAUGGAGGAAGAGUACGACAGGUUUGAAAGCAUCGGGGGAGGCGGGAACAUGCUCCCUCCAGCCUAUCAUGUCCAUCAAGGCCGUGGCGGGGAAGAAGAAAUGGACGUGUACCUCGACGACGACAUGGAGUCUCAGAGAGACGGCUCUGUCAUUUCCCGGACUGCCAUUUAUGUCUGAGGACAGAAGAGAGGGCUGGAAAUAGUGAAAGGAGAUGCGGAUGGAAGAAGAGGGGAGUUGGAGCCAGCCGUCUUCUCCACCAAUUAAAUCAACAACGCUUCUAUCGGCUAAACACUUUCCUGCUUCACAUUCAACCUGAUUAAAGAGAUGGCAUCAAUUACAUCCUCUCUACUUGGCACCGGCUGUAUAAUAUUGUACAAGAGGAUUAGAAGAAUAGGGAUAAAACGAAAACAAAGUCAAGUUGCAGCUGAAGAAGGAAAAUGUGUCAUGGCAGUAGUGGACUGUGGCUGAAUCUGUGACUGUGUGUAAUCAAGGUGAGGGAUUAAGUUCGGUGUCAGCCAAAUAGAACAAGACGAAAAAGAAGAAGAAAUGACUGCAGAACGCCAACAAAAACCACAUCAACUCUGAUGCGACGCUGCUUGAUGCUACGUUCUUGUUUCUUCAGCUUUGCUAGUGUGUGAUUGUGUUGCGUGACUCCAUUUUUUUUGUUUCAUACCUUAGCAGAACCAUUCAAAAAUCGCCUUCCUGUUUCAGAAUGAAUU